UGGACCCCUCGCAGUUGUGUCCCCGGGACCAUGACCUAGAGGAGCCCGUGCGUGCGGGUGGCCGCUGCUUACACGAAACGCCACCAUGAAUACUAGGGCGGCGGAUGGGGACGAACUCGCGGAAGUCUGGAGUCUGAUCCCGGAGUUUCUGGACCAGGCGGCCAACGCCAGCGGCAACGCGUCGCUGGCGCUCCGGGACGUCUGGUGGCAGCUGGGGUUGGAGCUGCCGGACGGCGCGGCGCCGGGGCAUCCCCCCGGAGUGGGGCACGCGGUGAGCGCGGACACCGAGGCCCGGGUGCGCGUGCUCAUCAGCGUGGUGUACUGGGUGGUGUGCGCCUUGGGCCUGGCCGGCAACCUGCUGGUGCUCUACCUGAUGAAGAGCAAGCAGGGCUGGCGCAAAUCCGCCAUCAACCUCUUCGUCACCAACCUGGCGCUGACCGACUUCCAGUUCGUGCUCACCUUGCCCUUCUGGGCCGUGGAGAACGCCCUGGACUUCAAAUGGCCCUUCGGCAAGGCCAUGUGUAAGAUCGUCUCGGUCGUGACGUCCAUGAACAUGUACGCCAGCGUCUUCUUCCUCACCUCCAUGAGCGUGGCGCGCUACCACUCGGUGGCCUCGGCCGUGAAGAGCCACCGGACCCGGGGGUCCCGCCUGGGCGGCUGCUGCGGCCGGUGGCGCCUGGGGAGCGGGCGCCGCUGCUCGGCCAAGGCGCUGUGCGCGCUCAUCUGGGCCUCGGCCGCGCUCGCCUCGCUGCCCAACGCCGUCUUCUCCAGCACCGUCAGAGUGAUGGGUGAGGAGCUGUGCCUGGUGCGCUUCCCGGACCAGUGGCUGGGCGGCGACCGGCAGUUCUGGCUGGGCCUUUACCACCUGCAGAAGGUGGUGCUGGGCUUCGUGCUGCCGCUGCUCGUCAUCAGCCUGUGCUACUUGCUGCUCCUGCGCUUCCUCUCCGACCGCCGGGUGGUGGGGACCGAGGGCGGGGCGGCCGCGGCGGCUGCGGCGGCGGGGGGCGGCCCGGCCGGAGCCAACGCCCGGCGGCGAUCCAAGGUCACCAAAUCCGUGACCAUCGUGGUCCUGUCCUUCUUCCUGUGCUGGCUGCCCAACCAGGCGCUCACCACCUGGAGCAUCCUCAUCAAGUUCAACGCGGUGCCCUUCAGCCGCGAGUACUUCGUGUGCCAGGUCUACGCCUUCCCGGUGAGCGUGUGCCUGGCGCACUCCAACAGCUGCCUCAACCCGGUCCUCUACUGCCUCGUGCGCCGCGAGUUCCGCAAAGCGCUCAAGAACUUGCUGUGGCGCCUGGCGUCGCCUUCGCUCACCAGCAUGCGCCCCUUCACCGCCACCACCAAGCCCGAGCCCGAGGACCCGGGGCUGCAGGCCCUGGCGCCACUGCACGCCGCCCCCGAACCCGAACUGCUCUACUACCCGCCGGGGGUGGUGGUCUACAGCGGCGGCCGCUACGACCUGUUGCCUAGUAGCUCCGCGGACUGACUGGCUCCGUCCCGG